UGAGUGAUUUCAGUUCCCUAUAAAUUCACCCUGUUCAUUCAGAUGAACCAGAUACAUUCAGCCUUCACUCACAACAAGAGAUACUUUCUCCAGACUUCCUGGACUGAAGCCAACACUUAUCACAAAAAAUGGAUCCCUGUGACUGCGCCAAGACUGGAAGCUGCAGCUGUGGUUCAAGCUGCAAAUGCACAAACUGCCAGUGUACAUCCUGCAAGAAAAGCUGCUGCUCCUGCUGUCCUUCUAGCUGCAGCAAGUGUGCCUCUGGAUGUGUGUGCAAGGGCAAAUCCUGUGACUCCAGCUGCUGUCAGUGAAGACAACACUGUUACUGCUGACCCAGGAUGUAAAUUUGUAUUCCAUUGCCAUUGUAACAUGUAGCCUCCACUGAUGUUUGUCUUUUUUAAGGCCAAUAAACGCCAAUGAAAUUCUAAGCUGAA